AUGCCUGUGCCUCAGCUGAAAAUCUUUCGUACAUUGUGGGGUGUUGAAGCUCAAUUCUCAACUGACAUUAAUGUUCUUUUUGCUGAAAUUCAUCGUUUGGGCUAUACAGGCGUGGAAGCCUCACUCAGCGAUAUUUACCGCCUGUCAAAUAACGAUAGAAAUGUCUUUCAUCAAGCUUUACAUGAUCACAAACUUGAAUUGAUUGGUACUGUCAGCACGAGCUUUUGUCCUGCUGAACCGAAUGUGUGGCAUGAUUUAUCGAUUGGUGAACAUUUAGCAAAUUUAGACAAACAAUUAAGUGAAUUAAUUGAGUAUAAACCAAUACACGUGAAUAUUCAAGGAGGUCAAGAUUCAUGG